AUGUUCGAGGACUUCUCCUUUUCGUCGCCGACUUCACAGCCUCCCCGGCUUGGGAUAGAUACUGAGGAUAGACUUAUGAUAGAUUGCGACAGUGCUCUCAUCUCACCAUUAUCAUCACGUUGUUCAUCUCCGUCGCGUCGGUUCCGCACGCUCUCCCGGUCGAAGUCCUCAUACUUCCGGUCUCAGCAGCCACCUCCAACUUCUGUCCCCUUCUCUUACGAACAGAAGCGUCUCUCUAUUUCCACUCUUACACAGAAACUCCAUGAACAUACUUUACAAACUCCUAACGAAUCCGUUGCCGAUCGAGGCCGGCUAAAUUAUGAUGGGUUUCGGCUAUCCGGGAGAUAUCCCGGGUGUAUUUUGACGCCACCGGAUAUGGAUCAUGAUGAUACAGGCCGUUCCGAUUCAUCCCUUUCACUUUGUUCAAUUCCAAGUCCAACUUCCAUACCACCGGAAUUUUCCAGAGGAUCCUUAGAAGGCCCGAUGGAUUUUCCACAACUGGAUCAUCUCAAUGUGCGCACUCGACGACAGAACCUCUCACAGUUGCAAUGUAACAAAGAUGACAUGGAAGCUAUUCGCUGCGCAGUACUGUCCGAAGAUUCCAUGGACCCUGAACUCUCUCAAGACGACUGCCAUCCCAGUUCAUUGCCGCCGCGAUCUUCACCGCGCCGGAGAGUCUUGGCGUUGCACCGGAGUCGCUUCGGCCCACCAGAUAUCUCGGCUGACCCGCGUGGUCGGCGGAGAAGUAACUCGAUAACAAUGCAGUCUCAUCGUAUUGAGAAGAGCCAUAUUCCGUUUCCUGGUCGAGAUGCGUCUAAGCGCUGUGAACAGGGCCUUCGGCGGAAGAGUAUGGUGAGUGCCGCCUUGGCAUCUGUCGUGGAACAUGCGUGA